AUGUCGUCUUGUAGGCCAAGUGCCACUCCAGUUGACAUAAAACCGAAGUUAAGUUCCACGUCUACCUCACCGUUUAAGGAUCCUUCACUUUAUCGCAGCCUGGCAGGUGCACUGCAAUAUCUCACGUUCACGAGACUAGACAUUUCGUAUGCUGUGCAACAGAUUUGUCUAUUCAUGCAUAACCCGAUGGAGGUCCACAUGAAUGAUCUCAAACGUAUUGUGCGCUAUAUUAAGGGCACCCUUGAUCAUGGCUUGCAUCUUUAUCCAUCUAAACCCACCACUCUCAUUUCGUAUACGAAUGCAGAUUGGGGUGGUUGUCCGGAUACUGGGCGUUCGACUUCUGGUUAUUGUGUCUUUCUUAGUGAUAAUCUCAUUUCUUGGUCCGCCAAGCGGCAGGCCACCAUGUCUCGAUCUAGUGCGGAGGCCGAAUAUCGAGGGGUAGCCAAUGUUGUUGCUGAGUCUUGUUGGCUACGCAAUCUGCUUCUAGAACUUCAUUGUCCAAUACAAAAGGCUACGUUGGCGUACUGUGAUAAUGUUAGUGCUAUAUAUCUAUCUAGCAUAUCCUGUUCAAUAUCAACGCACUAA